UACGUACACACGCUCACUCUCUGGCCUGUUCUUCGCUACAGCCGUGAGAGACGAGGCAUGCUGUGCCAGACAGACCACCAGCGAGAGAGCUUCUGUCAGCCCUACUUCGGCUUCAAUCCGAAGAUGACAUUGCAACAUUAGCCAGAUUAGAAUUGACUGCACAAGGUUUGAUUUGAAGUGGCGUUUUCAGAAUGACUGGAGAGAACAUGGCGUCGUGUGUGGUGGUCACUGUGUUGGUUCUGUUGCUGGUGAGGUCAGCUCAUAGUCAGCAUAUGGCAGAGGAGCCCUGCUCAGUCCAAAUCCUCGUUCCAGGACUCAAAGGAGAAGCAGGAGAAAAGGGAGAAAAGGGGGCACCUGGCAGACCUGGGAGAGUGGGACCACCUGGAGAUACAGGUCCUCCUGGACUCAAAGGACAAAAAGGUAUCAUGGGACGUUAUGGAAAAAUGGGUCCGCCUGGAUUAAAGGGUUUAAAAGGUGAUAUGGGAGAUCCAGGACCAAAAGGCUCAGAUGGAGAGCCAGGGCUCCCUUGUGAGUGUGCACCCUUAAGGAAGAUGAUCGGUGAAAUGGACAAUCAUGUGGCACAGUUAACCAAUGAGCUGAAGUUCAUUAAAAAUGCACUGCCCUCCCCCGCAGCUGUCGCUGGCGUCAAAGAGACAGACAGCAAGGUGUAUCUGCUGGUGAAGGAGGAGAAGCGGUACAGAGAUGCUGAGCUGUACUGCCAGGGCAGGGGCGGGCACCUGGCCAUGCCCAAAGAUGCUGCUGCCAACAGGGCCAUCGCCGGGUACAUCACAGAGGCCGGCCUUAGCAGAGUGUACAUCGGCAUUAAUGACCUGGAGAGCGAGGGCCACUUUGUGUACGUGGAGCGCUCGCCUAUGAGCACCUUCAGCAAGUGGAGGGAAGGAGAGCCCAAUAACGCCUAUGAGAAUGAGGACUGUGUGGAGCUGGUGUCUUCAGGCGAGUGGGUGGAUGUGGCCUGCUCUCUCACCAUGUACUUUGUGUGUGAGUUUGACAAAGACCGGAUUUGAGCAUCAUCGGAUUUGGUGCUCUCACAGUGGGACACAAAUGACAAAAAGGUCUUUUUUUGCAGCCUUAAAAUGCAAGUGUGUAAUUACUUUGACAGGACUACAUUUAAUGGGCAAUGCAGGGCAAUCAUUUCAUACAGAACGACAAGUAAGGACAUUUCUUUUCAUGGAAAAUAUUUCCACGUAGAACAAGUCAUUUGACUGAGGGUGUUCAAGCUUUUGCAUAUGACUGUUACCACCUUAUACCUUCUUUAUUAAUAGUACACUGUCACUGUAUUGUUAUGGUACACUCUUUUAUGCAUUCAGUUUUUUUUCUUGGUUUUACAUAGUGUAGUUAGUCUUUAGGGACUUCCAAUUCAUUAAGAAAUGUCUGAUAAAAUUAGAAUUUUAUGUUAUGUAUUGUGAUUUGUCUUGUACUACGAUGUAUUUUUGUAAAGUCACAAAUAAAUUUGUACUAGUUUCAAGCA